AUUGAAGAUGUUGAUGACAACCCUCCAACUUUCCCUGAGCCUCCUCAUUACACUAUCCGUGAGGAUCAGUCGAUUCUGACACCGUUUGCUGUCCUGCAAACUGAAGACCGUGAUACGCCAGAAAACAGUGACGUCUUCUACUCUAUCACAGGUGGAGAAACAACCGAGUAUUUUGAUGUCUUCAGUCAAACUGGGCAGCUUUACCUCAACCAGCUAGUGGAUAGGGAGACUGAGGUUGUCCACCUGCUGGAGAUCACUGCUCAGAGUUUCCUUGGUGAUGCAUCAGACUGCACAGAGCUCAGUUGCUCUGUGACCACUCUCACAGUCUCACUGAUAGACGUCAAUGACAACACUCCACAAUGGUCCCUCAGGGAGUACAUAAUUGGUGUCAAUGAAACUACUGUUCCGGGUACAACUAUUGGAAGAAUAGAGGCGCAGGAUGCUGAUGCUGAAGACUUUGGUCUGGUGUGGUAUCGACUCACGGUGCCGGCUACUCCACUGGUUACUCUGGAGGAGGACACCGGAGUACUCCGACUCAACCAGAGUCUGGACUUACUCCAGUUCAGAGUGUCUCCCGUUUUCACGGCAGUUGCCUUCGAUAACCGCGGCUCUUCCCCCUCCUCUAUCUCCAUGAAUGUCCCAGUCGAGCUUGUGUCGGUGGCUGAAGAGUAUCUGGUGGUACUCACCAUAUCACAGUCCCUGGCUGAAGUUCAGGCAGACAUGAAUCAGCUUCAGAGGGUAGUGGAGAUGGUUCCUGGGGCAAGGCUCUCAGUCUAUGACAUCAGAGAAAGCACUGCUAGUGAAGAAGAAGCUGGAGGAAGAGUGGUUAAGAGACAAGGCCCACAGACUGACGUGGUUCUGUUUGGGCUCAGCUCUGACGGAGGACAGCUGCUCACCUCACAACAGACACUCGAUGUUAUAUCCAACAAUGCCAGUGUUUUUGGAGACAUGUAUACCAUCACGACUGUGAAGGUAUUUCCAGUGCCAGCCUCCGAAGAGGACUCAGAAGAUUUGGACAGACUCACUCUGACUAUUGUAGUGGCAUCAGUGGUAGUUGGAGUUCUGUUGGUGGUUCUCUUUGUCACUCUCUGUGGCUGCUGCUGGCUACAAAACAGGUUUCCUCCUCAUAUUAUACACACUCAGUAACUACUGAAUAUUAUCAUGUUUUGUCCCUAUUCUCUCUAUUUAGGCUGAAGCAGAAGAGAAAGUAUUAUGAGCCAAGUCAUCGUUCUAAUAGACAAGGAUACCGAGAUGAGAGAGAGAGUGUGCGCUACUCCACUGCUGAAGGGGUCGAGCUGUAUGGAGACAGCGAACUGUUCAGGGAUAGUUGGGGAGAACGGGGAUGGGGUGAGGAGGGGGAGGACAUGUUCAGACCCAAAGAAGUCACCAUGAGGGAGGGUGGCAGGCGGAAUAGAGAUGGAGGAGCCACCGAUAGUGGAACGAGACCCUGGGACUCUCAGAAUUCUGAAGAGGUCCGGAGAAGUGUUUUGUACGAGUCAAAGGAUUUUGUCAUGGAUGUGUUUGAAGAUUCUGACGUGGAGGAUGAAGGAAUGGAAGCGAGCCCAGCUGUCGAUCUCACUGCAGAGGGUGGCGAGGAGACAGAGCCCCAGAGGAGUUUGGGUUAUAGUUUGGAGGGAGAAAGAGAGGAAGAAGACGAUAUGGUGCCCAUGCUAAGGCCGCAUUCACAUCUUGAAGACAUACAGGAAGCAGUGGAAGAGGAAGAAGAGGAGGAAGAGGGGGAAUGGGAGGAUGGGACGACGGGGGCAGAGGUGUGGGAGGAGGGAGAAGGGGGAGAGGAGGAGGGGUGGGGAGAUGAGGAAGAGGAGCCCAGUCCCGCAGACAUGAUGACAGAGGAAGAAGCGAGAAUGCUGGCAGGUCCUUAUGACGACGAGGGCCUGCUGCCAGACCCUCUUCUCUUCUGACACUCUUGUUGCUAACAUUGUAACAUGCACACAAUAAUUAACUAUAACCCCGUUACUUAUUAUGCUGUCAUCAACGCUAAACAGGUCUUGUUGUGCAAGCGCAACGGA